GCAGUGUUCAGUUUUUCUUCGCUCGUUCAUUGACCACGUCGUCGUCACCGUCGCCACCAUCCUCGCUGGCACUUCUGCGCACUUGCAAUCGCCGUGUCGGAAAAAGUCGUAAUCAUUUUAGUUAAAGUGAAAUUUUCGUUACGGAAAUUGUAACAAAAGCUGCCAAAUUGUGAUAGUUUUUUGAACACGGUCUCUGUACGAGUGUGCUGGAAACGACUGAGGUUUGAGUGAGUGAACGACAGACAGUAUAGCGAGCGAAGAUAAAUCUCGAUUGACCUUGAACAGAGGUUCCCCCCGUUCGGAGCGCUAGUGCUCUCCCCCGUUUGCAAGUAAAGUGAAAAAUAAACAAAUUUUAAUCGUGUGUUUUGUUCUGCUAAUCGACAUGGCUUGCUGUGGUGGUUGCUGUUGAUGAGAAGGCGGCAGAGAAUACUAUUUUGGCAGGCAACAGAACGAAGGAUAGGCGGCAAUAUGAGGCCAGCAUCUAGUACCCGACGAGAUUCGCAACGUGUAGCAGUACUGAAGACCGCAGCAGGCACUGCUCAACUUCCGGAACAGCACCGUUUCUACGCCCGCACUGCGUCAAAGGUUCCCUCGAUCGUCAUCGUAGCGAGCAAGACUCACUUUAAUCAUCAAAGCCGUCAUUUUCCGUUUCGUUUGGUACCGCACAAAUUCCGAACUACCCUUACGUAGGGAUGCCGCUUGGCUCUAGCGUGACAACCCGGACCGGAAGCUGUUGAACAAAGGACCUUCUAGUGUGGUGUCGUGUCAGUAAUUUACUAUUUAUUAGCUUGAAGAAACCAUUCCUGUAUAAAUGUGCUUGAAAAAAGUGUUCAAAAUUUGCGCGUUGACCCCAUUCUGAUGAGUUUGUUAUUGUUUUGGGGUUCUGUUUGUAUCAAAACAAAAUACACUCAUACCCAAACACGUGCCCGUGAAUAAGAAUUGUAGUGUAGUGUUCGGUUGCAAAUAGAAACAAUAAAUCUCGGCGAUCAGUUUAACGUUGACAUUGCAAGUGGUAAACAAUUUUAUAAAGGUGUCGCGACUUUUCCGUUUCCAAAGCACUUGUACAAGUGCGGUGCUCGUGUGCUUCAAAUCAAAACAUCCCAAACAGAAUGGCUGCAGCAGCUGAUAACGGUGACAGCAACCCGAUCACCGGAGAACCUUCGGUGUGGAUCUUCGGCUACGGGAGCCUCUGCUGGUAUCCGGGUUUUGAGUACGACAAAUGCAUCACGGGCUACAUUCGAGGCUACGUGAGACGCUUCUGGCAGGGUAAUACGACCCACCGGGGAACGAAGGAAAAGCCUGGCCGAGUAGCAACAUUAAUUGAAGACAAUAAUGGCAUCACCUGGGGCUGCGCCUUCCGAGUGACUGGCAGCCUGGCCCUGGACUACCUGAGACAGCGCGAGUGCACCCUCGGAGGCUACGCAACCGACUACAUCAAGUUCUACCCGCGCGUAGCCAGCGAACAUUCCGGUCUCAGUGGGGAAGCUUUCCUAGCACUGGUCUACGUUGCGACACCGAAAAACGACCACUGGAUCGGCGAAGAGCCGAUGGUAGAAACAGCUCGUCAAAUCGCCGAAUGCACCGGACCGAGCGGACACAACGUAGAGUAUCUGAUCCGGUUGGCACUGUUCAUGCGAGAGGAGCUCCCGGGUGCACCCGAUGAAUACCUCUUCGAACUGGAAGGUCUGGUACGGAGAUUUGUAGCCGAGACGAAUACGGCCAUCUGUAGUCUGCUGGGAAGUGCACCGCGUCGAAUUCGAAGGGAUUCCCACGAGGAAAUACGGCGGCAUGUUUCGUUCGAGUACACAUCUCGGGUACCGGAGAAGAAGCUACGCUGUUUGAACAUUUGAAUAUAUACGAUCGAUUGAUCGAGGGACGCACAAACUCAUUCUAUGGUGAUUUUCGUCGACGGCAGUGUAUUGCGCAUUUCACGCGGAAUUGGAGUGUCUCGCUGGUGUUUGCAGUCUUGGGAAGUGUGAUGUAAGCUCUGAUUCCCGCCGUAGUAUUAUCUAUUGACCAUAAAAACAGACCAAUUUGAACGUUUACGCAGAUUUUGAAAUAAAUUUUGUUCUAGAUCAAUUUGUAUUAUAACUCAAGAAACAAAUGCACUGAAGGGCACAAAGUAUUUCGACGCGAUCGUGAACUUUUAUCACAAAUUUUACACUCGUGAGACAGUUUAUUUUGUGUGAAAUGCGCUACCAUAAGUCUUGUAUGUAUAUGUGAAGCUUUUAUCUGCGUUUUCAAGCUUUUAGAUUUUUAAGUUACGACUAUCUCUUUAGAGCGCAUUAUAUAAUUGUAUCAAGCUAGCAGUAAGUAAACGACAUAAACUAUACAGGAACCAACCAAAAACAACAAUCGACAGCUAAAGUAUAAACUAUCAGCUUUUCAUUCAAUAAAACUUCCAAUUUUUAACCUAAAA